AUGACAACGAGAGCACGGUCUGGAAUCACAAAACCUAAACCUAUUGUUUCUCUUCUUACCACUACCAAAUCGCCCCUACCAAAGAGCCAUAUCCAAGCCUUAGCCGACCCAAACUGGAACCCAUCAAUGUUUGAUGAAUAUGGUGCUAUGCUUAAGACUAGGACUUGGGACUUGGUACCACGUCCGAAAAAUGUCAAUAUUAUCAGGUCAAUGUGGCUCCACAGACACAAAUACGAUGGAAAUGGGAAGCUCAAGAAGCACAAGUCUCGUAUAGUCGCGAAUGGUAAAUCACUGGAGGCAGGUAUUGACUUCGACGAAACCUUUAGCCCGGUGGUGAAACCAGCAACCAUUCGGACUGUACUCCACAUGGGUGUCGCAAACAACUGGCCGAUGCAUCAAUUGGAUGUACAAAACGCCUUCCUCCAUGGUGACCUAGAGUAG